AUGGCAGAUAUUACUGCCAAAGUUAUCAAGAAGAUGUACGAAAAUGAGAGCCUCGAGAAGAAGCUCGAAUCAGAUAGGAAUUUCGAAAGGGAGUCGGAGAAACACAAACUUCGGCAUCCGGAAAUGUAUUCGGCCAUCGAGACGGGUGCAAUAGAGAGGUUUAGAACAGGUCAAAUGACGGAAGACGAUUUACCUCAAAUUGCUGCAUUGGGAAAGUACAGGGUUGUGUUUCCUGAUGGUAGCAGCAAGCCACUUCUAGGUUGA